AUGACACUCCAUUGUAACUGGAGUUUUGCUUCAGUUCCCCCAGUAAAGAGUCCACCUUUGAAGAAUACUGAUGAAGUUUCCUUAGACAGCCAAAAUCAAAGUGGAGUUUUGGGCUGGUUGUCCAAUGGGUUUGCCAGUGCACUGCCACAGCCUGCUGGAUCCCCUCGACUCAGCAGGGCAGAUGGUGAAAAGGGGUCAGGAGUGCUUGGAUGGGUGUCCCAGGGCCUAAACAAUAUGCUCCCUCAGCCUGAUGAGAAAUACAGAGAGAGUCCUGAAGUCUUCACCGAGGAACACACUGAGGUUUAUGAUGUGCAAACAAUGCCAGAUUUUGAUCCCUUACCUCAUAUCCCUGUGGUGGAGAUGGUAUCAGAUGAUGAAGAAGUUAAUGACCGGUCAGGUUCGUUCCCACCAAAGGUUGGCCAAUGGCUAAAACAAAUUCUGCCUCAACCAGUUCCGCCUGGUUCAGUGAUUUGUGAACCUUCAAAUUCAUCUCCCUGCUCACUGGACAAAACCUUAUCUCCUCCUCCUGAGUCUCUAAGUGGCAUCUCACUGGACACUGAUGGCAAAGUGGGAAGUAUGGUUGGCUGGUUUGUGUCAGGCUUUGGACUGAAGAUGCCUCAGCCUGCUGCACCAUGUAAAGACGGUGCUGAUGGGGCUGCGGAUGUUCUACAGAAAGCAUCAUCCAGACUGCAGCCUGACAUGGUGCUGGAGGAUGUGGAGUCAGACACUGAAUGUCAGCAGAAACGUGAACACAACCCCAACAGUGCAGUAAUUCCAGCCACAUCCCUGAUCCCCCCUUCACCUGCCUCUAAUCAAAAGACCACAACAGCAGAAGCACCUCCAAGUGCCACCAAUAUCUCCCAGGAAGAUGCUGAAACCCAGACAGGCCGCUGGACACCUUUUAUUGAAAGCAUCAAGAGGGAGGCUGAAGAUGUGGCUCUGGCUACAAUGGAGGAAAGAUUGCUGCAGGAGCGCCUGGAGAUGGCUCGUAUGGCUGAAGAAGUGGCCAGGCAUACAGCUGAGAUGGCCAUUAGGCAGAUGGCCUCAGAGGGACAGUCCAUUAAGUUUUCACUGAGCAGCCAAGAUCUGCUGGAAGAGCCUGAUGUUGAGCUGCCUGUGGCACAAGAGGACGAAACUGAAGAGGAGCAUAGUAAAAUUUCAAAGAUGCCUGUGCUACAAGAAUCUGAAGAGGAGCAAAAGCUCAUCCAGCAAGUACAAGCAGAGUCACUGAAAAGCGAAUCACAGGUUGAAUCCAAGGUUGUUCCAGAUCUCUGCCCAGAUCCCGUCCCUGAACCACCCCCAGAGCCACAGUCUCCACAUGAGGCCCAAGAAGCCACUUCAUCGAAUGCACCAGUGACCAAGCAGCCAAAGGGAGCAGGAGAGAACGGUCAAACCAACUGUACAGAAAAACCUGCUGAAAAGGAGGAAGAAGCUGAAGAUGGCUGUGGUGCUCCAGUCAGCUGCGAAUCUUUUAAAAACUGCCUGAUGCGCUUGCCUUACAAUUCCGAAUGCUUAGGCAACAUCAACGCUUUCUUCAAAGAGAACGGCAUCUCCUUCCCCAAAUGUUCUUCCAUGCCUAGAUCAACCUUCUGCCUAAAAGCUCAGAGGGUGCGGAUACCCCUAGUUUCUCUGGAAUCACGCAGACCUUAUCCAGUAUCCCACAAAAACUAUCCCAGAUUCCCACUCGCACCGGACAAUACUUGGGGAACAUUCGCAACCGCCUCAACAGCCUUAUGCCUCAAGAUGCCUAAAAAAACAAGUCAACAACAGCAAAAACAAAACAGCAGUGUGCAAGAUGUAGAACUCAACAAACUUGUGCGGCACUCUCCCCUCACUACUCCACACCCUUCUUCCCUACAGUCCCGUUCCCCAUCUCCCUCUUCUCUCACUGGCAGCAAUCUUGAGUUACCUAAUGUUCCCUCAUACCCCCGCCUGCCCCCGAUCGUCAGCUCGCCAUCCAAACACCUCAAGUCCCGCCAGCUGUCAGGGCUCAGUAACCCCGCCUUCUUCAUUGAGGAUGACUCAGAUUGCUCCCCUCUCAAACCUGCAGAAAGCUCCAUCAGUCUCCGCCCUGCAGUGAAUGUGGAAGAUGUGGACUCAGAUCAUGAGAGAAUAAGACCAGGAUGUGCAGGGGGAGCAGGAGAGGAGCCCAGGGCCCCAAACCUUCAAGACCCCAAACUCACAACACUCACGGUCCCAGUGACCCCAGCUGGAGGUCGCCAGAGCAAAGGGGAUAAAGAUGGAAAGCGUCGUAGGACAUUUGCCAGUCGAAUAAUGUAUUCUCAAAGUGAAGAUGAUGAUGAGGAGGGAAGCAUCCCUGUCAGAGCCUGGCCGAGCCAGUCCAGUCUGCACAGUGAUGAUGUUCUCAAAGAGCGGCCUACAUCUUCAGCUAGUCAGACCAGUGCAGUGGUCAACGAGCGUCUGCAAGAGCUGAUCAAAAUGUUCAAAGAGAGAACGGAGAAGGCCAAAGAGAAACUUAUAGACCCAGAUAGCUCAGAUGAAGACAGCAUUGUCCAGUCUCCUCCUCAGGCCCCAACAUCAGUGCCCUCUGGUGUUGACCCAGAGAACAGCACAGAUGGAGCGCCCCCAGCAGGAUUGUCUGGAGAAGUACAAGAGAAUAUAGAAGCAGGAGACGCAAAGUCUGGCUGCUGCAAGGUGAAAGUCCCUCGAUGGAUAAGAGCCUGUAUGCACUACCGCUUCCCUGCCAGCAUCGACCCCUUCACCAACCUGAUGUAUGUGCUGUGGAUGUUCUUGGUGUCUUUGGCGUGGAACUGGAAUGUUUGGCUUAUUCCGGUGCGCUGGGCAUUUCCAUACCAGACUCCUGACAAUAUUUACUACUGGCUAUUGGCUGAUUAUGUAUGUGACCUCAUUUAUAUUUUGGACAUCACUGUUUUUCAACCACGCCUGCAGUUCGUUCGUGGAGGGGACAUUGUGUGUGACAAAACAGAAAUGAGGAAGAAUUAUAUGAAAACAAAGCGCUUCAAGUUGGAUGUGAUUAGUCUGGUACCACUGGAGCUUUUCUAUUUUAAAACUGGGAUCAACCCUCUGCUUCGGUUGCCCAGGUUGCUAAAGAUCAACUCAUUUUUUGUAUUCAAUGAGCGCCUAGAGGCAAUUUUAACCAAAGCUUACAUCUAUAGGGUGAUUCGUACCACAACUUAUCUUCUUUACUGUCUCCACUUUAAUGCCUGUCUCUAUUACUGGGGCUCAGCUUUCAAAGGACUUGGAUCAACUAAGUGGGUCUAUAAUGGAGAAGGAAACAGCUACAUUCGGUGCUAUUACUUUGCUGUAAAGACCUUGAUCACCAUUGGAGGUCUACCAGAUCCCACCACCCUCUUUGAGAUUAUCUUCCAACUCAUUAAUUACUUUGUUGGGGUUUUUGCAUUCUCUAUAAUGAUAGGGCAAAUGCGUGAUGUAGUUGGUGCAGCCACAGCUAGUCAGACGUACUACCGCACCUGUAUGGACAACACAAUCAAAUACAUGUCAUCCUAUCGCAUUCCAAAGGAUGUUCAGAACCGUGUAAAAACCUGGUACAACUAUACCUGGCAGUCACAAGGCAUGCUCGAUGAGCAGGAGCUACUGACCCAGCUGCCUGAUAAAAUGCGAAUGGAUAUUGCUAUAGAUGUGAACUACUCUAUUGUAAGCAAAGUUCCACUUUUUCAGGGUUGUGAUAGACAGAUGAUCUUUGACAUGCUGAAAAGUUUGCGCUCUGUAGUCUACCUUCCAGGAGAUUAUGUCUGCAAAAAGGGAGAGGUGGGCCGUGAGAUGUACAUUAUAAAAGCAGGAGAAGUUCAAGUGGUUGGAGGACCUGAUGGAAAGACAGUCUUUGUUACUCUCAGAGCAGGGUCUGUCUUUGGGGAGAUCAGUUUGCUUGCAGUCGGUGGGGGAAACCGGCGCACGGCCAAUGUAAUUGCUCAUGGAUUUGCCAAUCUCUUUAUCCUGGACAAGAGGGAUCUCAACGAAAUCCUGGUUCACUAUCCUGAAUCUAAGAAGCUGCUCCGCAAGAAGGCCAGAAAAAUGCUUAACAAAGGCAAGAAACCUGAGCCUAAAGAAGAGCCCAAGGAGGUCCCCACUGCUCCAGUUCAAGCUGAGACGCCCAAAUUAUUAAGAGCAGCUCUGGAGAUGACAGAGCGAUCCACGGGACUCAGAGGAGCUUUGGCUAAAGUGAAGGAAAAGACAAACAAGUCCAGCAUCUCAUUACAGCCAUCCAUAGCCUCCACCAACCCCACUCCAUCGCCUACCUUCAGCUCUGCUGUUGAUAGAGACAUAGACACCCCAUCACCCCUUUCUAGCAGCUGUGCUUCUCGUCUGAACAUGGCCUCUCUGCUGUCCCACAACCCACAAAGUCAUCAAGACGGGCAGCACAUGGAAGCAGAGAGCAAGGAGGGAGGAGACGGGGUGGACGACACUCAACAAAAAUAAUGAGGAAGGCGUCAGUGUUUUUCUUCCUAGCAUGGUCAA